AAUCAGCAUUGUUCUGCUCUGAGUGUGCAUGUUAGUAUGGAUCUAUGAACCGGUAGCAGCAUUGAAGCUAAAUUCGAACCACAAGAGAAGUGAUAGAUGUUGAAUAAAUUUGACGCGGAGGUGGAUAUAAUCUUAUCGUGUCUAAUAGGGAUAAUUGAUUAAAGUCAGCUUUGCAGUAGGGAACAGAAAAUAGCGACUCAAGUACAUCUUCAAGCGCAUGCGCAACAUUUCUCGUCAUGCAAUUUUCGAGCACUCCACGAACCAUCAUCAGAAGAUAUCAAGUGUGUUAAGAUGACGGGAUGCUGUUAUUGCUUGGUCGGUCACAUAGAGGCCAGUCGAACUGAACAGUGAUGGUCAUGGCGAUAACAAAACUUUUCAGAUUGCUGCGGUUUGAAUUCUGGCUGUCAAUUACGAUGUCGAUGUUGGUUUCGUCGUUAGCCGCAACAUCAAACCCAAUGUCUUCUUCCGAUUUGGACACGACGAUGUCUCCAUCACAAUCCACCGUCAUCAAUGACUUCGAAUCGAUGUCGUCGACCCCUAUCACCACCUUUCAGACUGAUACAAACCAAUCACAGUCUCUACAGCCGUCCCAUGGAAUCAGUAAUGAUGACAAAAUUCCAAUAUAUUUGGGUGGCUUUUUCACCCUCGGAGGAAAUUGGGAUGGUAGUGGUAUACUACCUGUGGUAGAGAUGGCUUUAGAGCAUAUCAACAAUCGACCUGAUCUUUUAGCUGAUUAUGAUCUUAGGAUGGUUUGGAAUGAUACACAGUGCGAUGCUGGUCUAGGAACUAAGAUCCUCUUUGAUCAGAUCUUCAGAAAACCUCAGAAGUUAAUGAUUCUUGGUCCAGCAUGCUCUACUGCAACUCAAGCUGUCGCUGGCACUGCCCACUACUGGAAUCUUGUUACGAUGUCUUAUACAGCUUCAUCACCAGCGUUAUCCAACAUGGUGGAUUAUCCAGCCUUCUACCGAACCUAUAUGCCUGAUACAUUAUUUAACCCAGCUCGUAUUAGACUUCUAAAAGAUUAUGGUUGGACACGAGUGGCAACGCUACACGAAAAUCAUGAAAUAUUCUCUCUAGCGAUCGAUAAUCUUCUUACACUCUUGAGGCAAGCUAACAUCACCAUCAUCACAUCAGAAAGCUUCUCAGAAAACCCACGGAAUCAAGUAGAAAAUCUCAAGAAUCAAGACGCUAAAAUCAUCCUUGCAAACAUGUAUGAGAACAUGGCACGAAGAGUUUUCUGUGAGGCAUACAAACAAGGUUUAACAGGAGAAGGGUAUGUAUGGUUCUUGAUUGGAUGGUACAGUGAUGGUUGGUAUCAAGUCCAGGACUCUGACGUCACAUGUACUAUAUCACAAAUGAAAGAAGCUGUAGAAGGAUCGUAUUACAUAGCUACUGAGAGCUUACAGCUUAGUCCAAGCAAAGUACCCGGCAUCACUGGACUCACUGCUGAGACAUACAUCAAAGAGACUCUACAAAGAUUAGAUAGCCCGCGGUAUGUCAACUUGAAUUACACCUUCAACAAUCUAGCACCCUUUGGAUACGACGCCACUUGGGCCGUAGCUCUCAUGUUAAACCGUUCUGUGGAGGUGAUGAAGAAUAUGACGUUUAGUGAUGGUAUCCCCAGGAGAUUAGAGAACUUUACAUAUGAAGAUGAAGAGAUGGCUCGACUCUUCUUCAAUCUCCUAAAUGAAACAGAAUUCACUGGUAUUACGGGUCCAGUGAGCUUCAAGAGUGGAGAUAGAGUGGGAAUAACUCAAAUCGAACAACUUCAAUUGGGCUGCAAGAGUAACCAAAUUCAGAUUGGCUCUACUUGUCUGACAUUGAACACUGACAAGAAGACAUGGUCAUUGGCCAGCUCAACAUGCAGUCUUGGAGGUGAUCGGACCUUGUUUACUCCAUCAUUAGACGCCGUUGAGGACCUGUUCGACGUCGUUUCGGAAGAGGGUGUGACGACCACCAAAUGGUACAUAGGUCUCUAUGUUGAUGCUGAUGGUCAGUUCAGCGAUGUAAGCGGCUCCUUGAAUCAGUCCGAAUUAGAAGCUUUUACAGAAUCUUUAAGCCCGUGGUCAUCAUCAUCAUCGAGUGGCUGUGUGGUAAUUGAUAUCAAUCCAAGUGAAGAGAACAACAAUAUCGUCAUCGUAGACUGCGACGAGACGUACCCGUUCAUUUGCUCAGAAUCCACUAAAUUUCUCGAGCAAAGAUUAGGACUUUAUGACACGGCGGGAGAUGUAUUAGAAUGGAAUUCAAGAGCUCUUGUUUGGCCAGGUACCGGUGAACCUCCAUUAGAUAGAACUCCUGAGGUUAACAUUGUAAUCGUGAAUGUCUACGAGGGGAUUGAUACAUAUCUUUAUAUCAUCAUGUGUAUACUGGCUAGUAUUGGCAUUCUCUUCGCUGUCCUCUUUCUCGUUUUCAACGUUAAAUACCGUAACCAAAAAUUCGUAAAAUUAUCAAGUCCUAACUUGAAUAAUCUCAUUAUCCUGGGUAGUGUCAUGGUGUAUUCAUGGAUCUUCCUUUACGGACUUGAUGGAAAUUUAGUAGGGUCUCAAACACACCAAGCUGUGUGCCAGCUUCGUAACUGGGUGCUGUCUAUCGGGUUUGUGAUAGCUUUUGGAGCAAUGUUCAGCAAGACUUGGAGAGUCCAUCGUGUGGCUACUUUUAAGAUCAUGCCAAGAAAACGGGCAAUUCGUGAUACACAGCUAUACCUCAUCAUCCUCUUCCUCGUCGCUGUGGACUUCGUAAUCCUACUCGUCUGGCAGAUCGUUGAUCCUAUGGUCCUCCAAAUCAGGAAUUUGUUUUUGAUGAAUGAUCCGGAUGAUGAAUUUGUAAUGUUGCAGCCCUAUGUGAAGUAUUGUCAUUCUACCUACCAAACAUACUGGCUUGUUGUUAUGUACAUCUAUAAAGGAAUCCUUCUUCUGUUUGGUACCUUCCUUGCCUGGGAAACAAGAAAGGUGAAGAUACCAGCGUUAAACGACAGUAAAUUGAUCGGCAUUAGCGUCUACAAUGUGUUCAUACUCUGCGCAAUAGGAGUGGGUGUCAGCUAUGCCUUACGAACUGAACCAGCAGCUCUCUUCAUCUUUCUUUCCUUCGUGGUGUUAUUCUGUACCACAAUCACACUGGGUGUCGUCUUCGUACCAAAGAUAAUAUCAGUUUACAAGGAUCCACUAGGUGAGAAUGCUACAGGUAAAAAGAAUCGAACCAGUGGAUUAGAAACCAUUGACAUGAGAUCAUCUACAUGUAUUGACAAUGCACCAGAGCCAUCAAUAGUGUCUUCUACUGGACCAUAUAAAGAUACUCAAAAAUUACAAGAAAAGGUCGAUAUGCUGGAAAAGCAGUUACAAGGUACGAAGGAUCUGAAUGCCAUCUUAAAGGAUACUGAUGAUAACAUGUGUGGCUUAUGGUGCUGUGGUCUCUCUUGCGGCUGUUCUUACAGACAUGGCUGUUUUUAUUCAGAUGAAGAUGAUGACUCUCUUCCUAAAUAUACCAUCAAACAAGAAGAGAGUUCAUCAGGUGUUUUCACCGGGAACCCCAAACCCAGAGGGCAGACCAAACCUACCAUGUCUGCUGAUGACCAAGCGCAGGUCGCGGUGGAAUCCAAUGCCGUUGAUGUGGAAGUUGGUAUAGAAAACGGUGGCUAUGUUUCAACGAGUAAAGACGCAAAUGACAAGGAGACACCUCCCUCGCCCGUCUUGGGUAGCAAAGAUUUGUCAAAGACAGUAUCUGAUGGUGCGGAAGCCUCCCCUAAUAACAUGUCUACGUGGCAGUCAUCGUCGGAUUUAUUUGGUCUGCCCUGUGGUGAGGGUUCAGAGGAAGCUUCCAAUGUAAGAGUUAUAGCAGAGGAUGAUACGCCUUGUAGCGAUGGUGAAGAUGAAUGUUGACUACUUUCUACGCAUGUACAUUAAUGAAUGCACAAUCUUGUCCUUGACACACUAUUACAGACGGAGUCUAUCAAAAAGAAUUGUAUUUUACACAGGAAACUCAAAUCUGCAGGAUAUUGAUGAUCUUGACUUGUUUAGUAGACUUGAGUUAUAACAGAUGCCAGAACUGCCGAAAACCAAAGCACACCUGCACUUUGUGAACUAUUGAUAUAUUUUUGUAUAACAUUUACAUGUUUUAUAUGCAAAUUUAAGCAUCGACUCCCUUAUAGAAACUUCAGGGCUCCGUAACACAAAGGUUUGCAAUCAAUCGCUAAAUACCAAUGACCAAUCAAGAUCAUCGUUGCAUGCGCACUCUGUUUAAAAUAUUGACUGGGAGCCAAUGAGUGCGGUUAUUUCAUAUUUGCAAUUCAUCGCAAACCUUUGUGUUACGGAACCCAG